AUGGGAAUGUUGGCCAGAAAUGCGAGCAAACAGGCUCCACAGGGCCAAUCGACCAGGCAGGCACACAGACAAAAGAUCAAGCGCUGCGAAGGGAGCCGCGCUUUGAAGCCAGUCGAGGCCGCGGCCACACGCUCUCCCCGCCGUACGCCGCACAGACGAAGGCGCGCUCUCCCGCCAUCCGCACCGCGCAUGCGCUGCGGAAAGGGGGAGCUGCGCAUGCGCGAGCUCUGCCCCUCAGGGCGAUCAGAGCGCGGGAGGGGUGGUCGCGCCUCAGUAAGCGUCAUGGCGUGCGCCGCGGCGGGCACCGCUGGCGGGAGCUCCUUUUCGGACCGUCACGCUCGCCUCCUGCUGGCUCAGAUCAACCGGCUGCGCGUCGGGCAGAGCUUUUGCGAUGUGCAGCUGGAGGUGGGCCGCGAGACGUUCUCCGUGCACCGCCUGGUGCUGGCGGCCAGCAGCCCGUACUUCGCGGCGCUCUUCGCGGGCGGCAUGAAGGAAUCGGGGCGGGACGUGGUGCGGAUCGCGGGCGUCGAGGCGGGCAUCUUCCACACGCUACUGGACUUCAUCUACACGGGCGUGGUGAGCAUCGGCGAGCACAACGUGCAGGAGCUGAUCGUCGCCGCGGACAUGUUGCAGCUCAGCGAGGUGGUGGAGCUGUGCUGCGAGUUCCUGAAGGGCCAGAUCGACCCACUGAACUGCAUCGGCUUCUUCCAGUUCUCCGAGCAGAUCGCCUGCCACGACCUGCUGGAGUUCACAGAGAGCUACAUCCACGCGCACUUCCUGGAGGUGCAGGCUGGGGAGGAGUUCCUGGCGCUGAGCAAGGAGCAGCUGGUGAAGAUCUUGCGGAGCGAGGACCUGAGCAUCGAGGACGAGUACCAGGUGUUCCUGGCUGCCAUGCAAUGGAUUUUGAAGGAUCUGGGAAAAAGAAGGAAGUACGUGGUGGAAGUGCUGGAGCCUGUGCGAUUCCCUCUGUUGCCAGCACAAAGGCUCUUAAAGUACAUAGAAGGUAUUUCAGAUUUCAGCCUUCGGGUGGCCCUGCAAACUCUGCUGAAAGAAUACUGCGAAGUCUGUAAAUCUCCUAAAGAAAACAAGGUCAGCAGUUUUCUGCAAGCUUCUAAAGGUCGUCCACGGAGGAAAGCCAGGAAAUACCUUUAUGCAGUAGGAGGCUACACCCGACUGCAAGGAGGACGUUGGAGUGACAGCAGAGCCCUCAGCUGCGUGGAGCGAUUUGACACUUUCAGUCACUACUGGACUACGGUGUCUUCCCUCCACCAGGCCCGUAGUGGGCUGGGUGUGGCUGUUGUUGGAGGAAUGGUCUAUGCCAUUGGAGGUGAGAAGGACUCAAUGAUUUUUGACUGUACUGAAUGUUACGAUCCUGUCAGUAAGCAGUGGACAAUUGUGGCUUCCAUGAACCAUCCUCGCUGUGGACUGGGAGUGUGCGCAUGCUAUGGUGCUAUCUAUGCUUUAGGAGGUUGGGUUGGAGCAGAGAUUGGCAACACAAUCGAAAGAUUUGAUCCUGAAGAAAAUAGUUGGGAUGUGGUGGGAAGCAUGGCUGUGCCCCGUUAUUACUUCGGAUGUUGUGAAAUACAAGGUCUAAUUUAUGUUGUUGGUGGUAUCAGCCAUGAGGGAGUAGAGCUGCGUUCUGUUGAAGUCUACGACCCGAUAUCUAAACGUUGGUCUGAGCUUCCUCCCAUGGGCACCCGAAGAGCAUAUCUUGGUGUAGCUGCUCUCAACGAUUGUAUCUAUGCUGUUGGAGGCUGGAAUGAAUCUCAAGAUGCGCUUGCUACUGUAGAAAGAUACUCCUUUGAAGAGGAAAAGUGGGUUGAAGUUGCACCAAUGAAGAUGCCAAGAGCUGGUGUCUGUGUUGUGACUGUGAAUGGAUUUCUUUAUGCCUCGGGAGGCCGUGCUCCCAGUCAUGACUUUGCUGCUCCGGUAACCUCUGACUCUGUUGAAGUUUAUAACCCUCACAUGGACAGUUGGACUGAAAUUGCCAACAUGAUCACCAGCCGCUGUGAAGGAGGUGUAGCUGUGCUGUAAAAUGCAAGGAAGAAAACUCAUCCAAGGAAUGAGUGAGCAUCUGCCUUCUCAGGUUUCUGGUUUCAUUGGCCAGAAACCUCUUCUGUCAGCACAACCUUCAGUAGAAACAGGGGGUUAGAUCAGAGGGCUUUUCCUAAGCAAAAGGAAAUAUUAAAACUCUUGCCCUUCAAAGUAAACAGGCUUAUCCCAGAGUAGGAAUGCCUCUUAUGACUGGAUUAAGAUUUAUUAAAUGGCAAAUUUGCCCCGUACAAAUCUGAAGAAAUCAUUCCAGCACACUGGAGACAUUAGAUCUCAGACGUGUCAGUCAGUAUCUUUAGCUGGCCUUAGGAAGAAGGCUGCUAUGGAUGGCUAGGAGUUCCCUGCUGAUAAAAGCAGGCUGGCUACUUGACUAGCAUUAGUUGUCCUUUGCUGAUAGAAAACAAGAAAAAGAAGAGAUGGGAGAGACUUGGUACCUCCACUUAGGACCGAGAUGCGUUUGAGCGUCUCUGCUGCUGCAUGGCGUGGGCACUAAAUAUUAAUUAGAUGUUUACUUUCCUGCCACCCCCAGCUUUGAUGGUAAGUGGCUGAGGACUUCCUAUUAUGGAAAGCUAUUCUUGCAGUUCUAGUAAUGUCAUUCCACUUCAGCACAGGCUUUUUUUACUCAGUGGAGUCAGCGAUGGCAAUAGAGCUCCUUUUCUGUAUAAACUGAUUAUUUUAAAUGGAAAUGGCAUUAGUUAGAUGAGUUAUUUUUGCAGUUAGGAUGGCUCUUAGACUAAAAACCUAAGGAAAACCUUUUGCCCAUUUUUUCCUUUUCUUUUGUUAACUGUUUUAUGCUGUGUGACACGUGAUUUGGCAUCUGAAUACAUCCUCUUAUACAAGGUUCACACGUUCAUCCUUGCUGCUGCUUAUACCUUCCCUCUUCCAAAUUAGUGUGGAUAGAGCCUUUUGUAGUGGAAAUAACUGUGUUCAGCAUUGAGGUGAUGCUAUUAGUGUGUCUUUUCUUAAGGAAUUCAUAUUUAACUUGGAUACACUUUUAGAAUACUUGCCAGGAGUUUGGAGUUAUUUCUAGCUUCAUCAAAUUAACGUACUUGAAGUUGCUUUUUGCACACUGCAACUGCAUUGUCUGCACAGCUACGGAUGACUCGGAUAGGAGACUGAAAUAAAGCUGCUUGAACUUGAGAAACAGUGCUAUCCUAGAACAUCAAAUCACAACUGGAAUGUCAGAGAACAGAAAGUCUACAUUAUGGAGACAAGGGGGCACUCGUGCUAAGUCAACAUCUCUUUCAUACAGCUAACUAAUUAACAUAUGAGUAAAAGCCCCCAGAGUCAGUGUUGCAGAUACAUAAAGAAUCCAGAUUUUGCAUUCUAACACAGGGCUGAGAUUGCCAGGUUAAAAUGUGCUAGAUGAUGGAGCAUUUGUUUUCUCUGAUCACUCAAUCAUUGUAUAUGUUUUUACUUCAAAAAUUAUUUCUUAAUUAUGUCUAUUUGUCUUUUUUCAAGUUUGAACUUGUUUUAAGCAGUUUUUGUAAUAAAAUACACUUUCAUAACUGAA